AUGACGCUGCCCGCCAGCGCCUCGUCCGCCGCGCAGAAGCCGCAUGCGCCGCAGCUGCUGGCGCUCUCGGCGCCGCUGCUCGCCUCCUUCCGGCCGUCCAAGAGCUUCCUGCAUGCCGAGCCCAGCACGCCCGCCAGUGCCUUCACCGCAGCCAGCGCCGGCAGCAGCCGCGCGCGCAGCGGCAGCAUCGGGCAGGGCUCGGCCAGCUCUGCUCCCGCUGAGAGCUCGGCCGUCGCUGCAGCGCGGCUGAAGAGCGUGUGCAGCAUCGCAUUCGACGACCGCGGCGACUACGUGCUCUCGGCGGGCGACGACGAGACGGUGCAGGUGUUCAGCUGCCGCGCAGGCAAAAAGCGACAGGCAGUCGUGUCGCACAAGUACGGCGUGCACCUCGCCAAGUUCAAGCAGCACUCGCACGAGGAGGUGCUGUACGCCAGCACCAAGGUCGACAAUGUCAUCCGGCACCAGUCAAUACCCAAGAACACAUACAUCACCUACUUUCGCGGCCAUCAGUCCAAGGUCACGUCGCUGCAGAUGUCGCCGGCCGACGAGACGUUUCUCAGCGCGGCCAUCGACGAGAGCGUGCGGCUGUGGGACACGCGGUCAGACCAGUCUCAGGCGCUCAUGCGCAUCAAAGGGCAUCCCGUCGUGGCGUACGAUGCUACGGGCAGCGUCUUUGCAGUCGCCAUCAACGAGCGGCCUGCGGUGCUCUUGUACGACGUCCGCAGAUUCAACUCCCCUCCAUUCCUUGAGAUUGCACUGCCGCCGGGCACAAUCCCCACGUCGCUGGCGUUCAGCCCGCAAGGCCUGCUCCUGGUGGGCACUGCCGGCAGCGCGCAUCACGUCAUGUGCAGCAAGACGGGCGCGCACCGCUACCGCCUCUGUGGGCAUGAGGGGCUGGAGGGUGUCGAGGUUGGCUCGCCGGAGCUCGCAGGGCUUGUGCCAGAGGCCGGCGUCAGCGGACAGGAGACGGCCUGGACGCCAGACGGACGCUUUGUUGUCUCCGGCACAAGUACCGGCCGACUGCUGUUCUGGCCGCUUCCAGACGACGUGGCAACACCAGGACCGCCUGCUGCGGUGCAAGACCUGCAGCCCAUCUCGCCGGUGGACCGGCAUGCUGGUCCCAUUCGUGCUCUGGGCUUCAACCCGCGGUAUGCCAUGCUCGCCACAGGCAACUCGCAGCUCACCUUCUGGACUCCUCCGCCGCCGUCCAUGGACGACAGCUAGCAAUGUCACCGACUAAGAUCAAGG